AUGCACAACUUUUUUUCACAUUGCUUUUGGCGCCAGCUUGUUUUUAUCUGUCACACAAAGUCGUCAUCUUGUUAG